CAAUUGCUACUCAAUCUGAAAAUAAUAUUAAUAUAAUUGCUACACAAACUAAAUUUACUAUUAAUAUAGUUGCUACCCAAACUAAAAAUAUUGUUAAUAUAGUUAUUACACAAACUGAAAAUAUUGUUAAUAUAGUUGCUAUACAAACUAAAUUUUUUGUUAACAUAGUUGCUAUUCAAACUGAAGUUAUUACUAUACAAUUUAUUAAAAUUCAAAAAAUGAUCAAAGAAAUAACUGAAUAUAUUAAGAAGGCCUUGGCAAAUAGCUGUGAAUUUGACAUAACUACAACAAUUAAGCUACAAAUAAUUACUAAUAGGCUAAGAUAUUCUAAAGAGACUAGAAAUUGGGGUGUCUAA